AUGUCCACCCCCCAGGCCGGCGAGUCCACCUCUGCCCACCGCCGCUCCAUCCCGUCCCGACCCACCACGCCCCUCCGCCCGACCUCGCGCUCCUCCUUCCGCGGCAGCGGCCACCAUCACGACGCAGCCUCCUCCUCCCACCACAACCGCGCCUCGGCCACCGGCCAUGCACCCACCGCCCUCGAGGCCCUUGAGCCCGCGUUCGCGGAGCUGAGCGACGGCAUGGCGGAUCUGGAAGCCAACUUCAUGCACCUGCAGCUGAUGCACGAGUCGCUCGCGCGCUUCUCCGAGAGCUUCGCCGCCUUCCUGUACGGCCUGAACAUGAACGCCUUCUGCGUCGACUUCCCCGAGGCGCCCCUGCCGGAAAGCUUCCACCGCCAGCGCCUGCAGGAGCAGGCCCGCGAGGCCGCGGCGCGCAUGAGCGGCUUCGGCCUUGGCGGCGGCGGCGCGGCGGCUUCGCGCGCCCGCGGCGGGGGGUUGGAUGGCAAUGAGGCGGAUACGGAGGCGACUUUCAUGACCACCGACACGUCGUUCGUGGAGAACCCGCCGUCGUCUAGAAAGCCCAGCAAGUUCUCGACCCCGGCUCCAUCGCGAGUAUCGAGGGGUGGCAUGCGCGGUGGCUCUUCCGGUAUCGCGAGAGGCAGAGGUCGAGGCGGCAUUCCGCGCGCUGGAGGCAUUCCGCGCGGAGUUGGAAGGGCGCGCGGCGGAAGAGGUUGA